GUGCGCCUCCAUACACGUGUGGCUUCAGUCGAGCAGCGAGACACGGGGAAAAGUGUCCAAAAACUGCUCGAAAACUGAACGUCUGCAACAGAAAUCAUGGGUAAAAAAUUGAAAGUCGGGAAAACCAGAAAAGAUAAAUUCUACCAUCUCGCAAAAGAAACAGGAUAUCGCUCCAGAUCCUCGUUCAAGCUCAUUCAACUCAAUCGCAAAUUCCAGUUUCUUCAGAAAGCUCGAGCUCUGGUGGAUCUGUGCGCAGCUCCAGGAGGAUGGUUGCAGGUGGCAUCAAAGUUUAUGCCAGUGUCCAGUCUUGUUAUUGGUGUGGAUCUGGUCCCGAUUAAACCCAUCCCGAACGUCGUCACAAUUCAAGAAGACAUUACAACUGACAAAUGCAAACAGGUUCUCAGGAAAGAACUGCAGACGUGGAAGGUGGACGUGGUUCUCAAUGAUGGCGCUCCUAACGUUGGUGCCAACUGGCAACACGACGCCUUUUCUCAAGCUCAUCUCACUCUGAUGGCUCUUAAACUCGCCUGCGAGUUCCUCAACAAGGGCGGGACGUUUAUCACCAAGGUUUUCCGCUCGAAAGACUAUCAGCCGCUAAUGUGGAUCUUCCAGCAAUUCUUCAACAAGGUUCAGGCCACCAAACCGCAAGCCUCCCGUAACGAAUCGGCUGAGAUCUUUGUCGUCUGUCAAGGUUUUUUGGCCCCGGAUAAAAUUGACCACAAGUUUUUUGACCCCAAACAUGCGUUUAAAGAGGUCGAUGUUCAAGUAAAAACUGUCAAAGAGCUGGUUACCACAAAAAAGCCCAAGGCUGAAGGAUAUGAUGAAGGUGACCUCACGUUGUAUCGCAUCUUCCCGCUGACUCAGUUCCUAAAAUCUGAGAAUCCUGUAGACUUCUUGAGCAAAGCCAAUGAAAUAACCUUUGAUAGUCCUGAGCUGGAAUCCCAUCCAGUCACUUCACCAGAAAUCAAAGAAUGCUGUCGUGACAUUAAAGUCUUGGGUCGAAAGGAACUGCGGUUGUUGCUGUCGUGGAGGUCCAAGCUGAGGAGAUUCAUCGCGAAACAACUGAAGGAGGAAGUCAAACAGCCGGACCAGCAAAUCCGUCUGAGCUCCGAUGAGGAAGAAAGCGAUACCGACCCGACGGAAAGCAGGAAAAAGGAUGCCGUUAAAGAAGCAGAAGAGAAGGUUGAGGAAGAUGAGGAUGAGGAAAUGGAGAAGAAGCUGGCUGAGCUGAAAGCGGAUGAAAUCUCUGAGCUCAAACGGAAGAAGAAGAAGCUCUUGAAGGAACAGAGGAAGAAGAGAGAAAGGGUGGCGCUUAAGAUGGACCUUCCCGGAGUUUCCAUCGCCGACGGCAACGAUACAUCGAUGUUUUCCCUCAGCACCAUCAGAAAGGCCCAGGGUCUCAGUGAAAUCACUCAGGGUGAUAUGAAAGUAGCCGACGCCCUGGUAGAAGGCUGCGAAGAAGAAGAUUUGUACUUCUCAGAAUCUGAAGAUGAUCGUGUGUCCCUGGCGUCCGACCUGGACUCGGACGACCUCGAGGAGAUUGAGAAGAACGAGCAACAAAUUGUGAAGAAUGCCCCUAAGAAGAAGAAAACGGUGUCAUUCGUGGCCGAAGACAACGACGAUGCGGACGGAAACGAAUUACUGGUGCCGCUCGAAGGAAAAGAUGAGAAGAAGGAACGCGAGACCGACAUGUGGUUCAGCAAGGGAAUCUUCGCUGAGUUGAAAUUGUACGACGACAGAGAUGCCAUGAGCGAACUUAAACAAACUCAGUUCCUUCAAAGCAACCCGCCUGGCAGAAAGAGGAAGGCUGAGGAGGAGGCGGGACCUAGCAGGGAGGAAGUGGCCGCUACCUCGCAGGAAGCGGGGAAGGCGGGAGAUGAAGAUGACAGCGAGUCGGAUGAUGACAGCAGCGAUGAUGAAACAGAGAUCUCUCGGAUGAAAAAAGCAUCUUCGGCUGCUGGUGCGAUCAAGACCGGUGGCGGUGACGAAUUCCAAGUCGUCCCAGUGGAAAAAACAAGUAAACGGGCUCGAAUUCUUAACGCCGAAGGUCUGGCGCUCGGGGCGCAGAUCGCCACUUCAAAAAAGAGAAUGAGAGAUCUGGUGGACGGCUCUUUUCACAGAUUUUCGAACUCUGAGGGCAUGUCGGAAAUUCCGGCCUGGUUCGUUGACGACGAGAAUAAGCACAGAAAGCGUCCCGUCCCCGUCACCAAAGAAAUGGUGGAGGAGUACAAGCAGAAAUGGCGAGAAAUCAAUGCCCGACCGAUCAAAAAAGUUGCAGAGGCCAAAGCUCGCAAGAAGAGAAGGAUGUUGAGGAAGAUGGAACAGGCCAAGAAAAAGGCAGAAACCGUUGUGAACACGGUGGACAUUUCCGAGCGAGAGAAAAUGUCUCACCUCCAAAGCAUCUACAAAAAGGCCGGAAUGGCUAAAGAAAAGCGAAAGGUCACGUACGUGGUGGCCAAAAAGGGCGCCGGUUCCAAAGUGCGCCGCCCGGCCGGGGUCAAGGGCACCUUCCGUGUGGUGGACGGCAGGAUGAAGAAAGACACGCGGGCCAUGCAGAGGAAAGACAAGAAGGGUCAUGGCAAAGGUGGUAAGGGCCAGAAAAAAGGCCGGGGCGAGAAAAAAGGCCGGGGCGGAAAGCCACCAAAGGGACGACCGCCAAGAAAGUGAAGAAGGUUCUGAUGAUGUCGCUCUGCGAGUUCACAUCAAGCGGAGUCUUACCGUCGUGUACGGUAUUACGGCUGGAAUUGCAUGCCGGUCUGUUUUAUUGGACUGUCGUGAGGUCUCUUACUGACAGAGUUUGGUCGGACUUUGUUUUUUUCGUCCUGAACCCUUACGCCUUUCAGCAUUGUUCAAAUGCAUUGUUUUUCAAUAUAUUGUUUAUGGUAUAUAUGUAAAAUAUCAUCUUGUAUGGUCAGUGAUGUUUUAAAAUAAAUAUACAUGAAAAUGCA